AUGACUCUUUCUGUGCAAUUCUUUAUAGAAUUGGCUAUAGGAACUGCAAGUGAUUUUCCCUUGACUACAGAUUACAUUCAGGAAGCCCUGACGCCUGGCCAUUUGAAAAAGGCUAAGCUGAUGUUUUUCUUCUCUCGGUAUCCUACAUCUUCGCUGCUGAGAGCCUACUUUCUGGAUGUUCAGUUCACCCGCUGCAUCACUUCCCAGCUGAUCAAGUGGUUUAGCAACUUCCGUGAAUUUUAUUACAUCCAGAUGGAAAAGUGUGCCAGGCAAGCCCUCGUGGAAGGCGUGUUGGAUCCCAGCCACCUCCUUGUGACCAGAGAUUCAGAGCUCUUCCGGAUACUGAAUGUGCAUUACAACAAAGGGAAUGAUUUCGAGGUUCCUGAUGCUUUUCUGGAUGUUGCCAGCCUGACCCUUCAGGAGUUCUUUAAUGCCGUCAGGGAAGGAAAGGACUUAGACCCUUCCUGGAAAAAGCCAAUUUACAAAAUAAUUUGUAAACUGGAUAGUGAGAUUCCAGAUGCUUUUAAAUCCUCCAAUUGCCCCAAGGAAUUACUCUAAGAUUAAUAUACUGUUAUCAUGGUGCCUGGCAUGUCAGUGUGGGAUGGAGUGGU